AUUACAGGCUCAAAAUGAAUAUCUAAGGAAUCAAUUGUUAAAAUACCCAGAAAAUCGCAACAGAAACGUGAAUGAUUACUUAUCUUCAAAUAUUAGUCAAUUAACUACUGAUGUCACUACUUUAAAAGCUAAGCUGAAAGAGAUGGAACAAUUGAAAAAUUCUAUGGAUGAAAGUUACAAAGAGGCUGUUCAAGAAUAUCAUUUCACAGUAAUGAAACAACUUGCUGAUUUAAAACAACAGUUGGACGAGUCUCGAUUGAGAAACGAGACUCUGGACCAUACUGUAGCUGUAAUAGCUAAAAAGUUGGAACAAAUCAGCCAUGGUAAGGUAAGAAGUAGAACCUUUAUUUGUAAAAUGAGAACUGCAAGAUAUAUUUUGAAGGAUGAGCAAAGUAAAGCAGUGGAACAACAAUGGUUAGAUAAAAUAAAGGUGAUAUGUGAACGAUUUGAUUCAUUUACAAAAGAGAAGAAUAAAGAAUUACAACUAAAACAAGAUUUACUUGAAAAAAGAGAUAUAGAAUCAUCAAAGAAGGAUGCAGGAAGAAAGGAAGAAAUUGAAUUACUGACUAAUAAAAUACAAAAUUUAGAAAUGAAAUUAGAAAUGAAGUUUAGAGAUGAAGAUAAAUCACAGAAAAUGAUAGUUGAGCAAUAUACAAUGAUGAAAGGAGAAUUAAAUAAAAUGAGAAUCGAAAUGGAUCACGAAACUCAGAAACAAAAUCAAAAUUUAAUGUCUGAAGUUUCUACUUUGAAAAAGGCUGUUGUAAAACUAGAAAAAUCGAAGGAGAGACUUGAGUACGAUUAUGAAAAGAAACUGUCGCAUAUCAUCAAGAACAAAGAUAUGGAAAUAAAAGCCUUGCAUUUACAACUGCAAAAACAAAAAAAUGAAUUGUACACAUCUCUGAGUAUAAAGAAGCAAAAUGAAGUGGAUAAUAUAGUUUCUAUAUUAGAGGACCGAUAUAAAACGCUUUUGGCAGAAACAGAAGCAAUGUCAGAAUCUAAAAUUCAAGAGUAUCUCAUGAGAAUAGCUAUUCUUGAAGAUCAAGUACUUAAUAUGAAGAAAUUUGAGUCGAGCUUAUAGGGUAGUGAUUUCGUAAUAGUUUAUAGUAGAAUAUAAUUAUAUAAUUGUAUAUUAUAUAUAUGUUUGUUCUUAAUAAAGGGUACAAG